AUCUGAUGUUGCUGCCUUAUAUGUUGGGGGUCUGGACACCCAACGGACAAACACGACCCAGCUGAAACUACAAAAGUCCCUUCAGACCAUCAAAAACCAAAUGGAGAAGAAAACUUCGGCAGUUUUGCUUCUAGCUUUGACACAAGGCUUCCUGGCCUCAGGUGUGGUGGUAGAGCCUUCCAUGAACCCUGCGGUGGUUGGAGGCUCUGUGACGCUCUCGUUGUCUCCACCUGUGGCCAUAAAAAAUGGAAAUUGGACAUUUGGAGCAUCUCCUGUUCUCAUCUUUGUUGAGGAAACCCAAGCAGUUUUUCCUGGUUACACCAGCAGGGCUUCUGCUAACGUCACCACCGGGGCUCUCACACUCAGCCUUCUGACGCUGGCCGACUCUGGAGUCUUCUCAGUCCAGAGCAACGACCCCGUUCUGAAGGCCAGUGUUUCCGUCACUGUUUUGGAACCCGUUUCCAAUGUGAUGCUCAGCGUGAAUCAAACGGACCUGAUGGAGUUCACGACUUCAGCGAUCAUCCGGUGCUCCUCCUCUGGAUCCUCUGUCUCUGUUGUCUGGAUGAACGGCAGCUCUGCGGUUCAAACCAGCAGCAGAGUUCAGAUCACUGAUGGAAACUUUACACUGACUAUAAACAACGUGACCCGCUACGACUCGGGACCUUUCAGGUGUUAUGUGGUCAAUCUGGUCAGUAAUGGGACCAGUGAUCCAGUAAACUUCACCAUCAGCUAUGGCCCAGAUAACAUGGCCCUGAUGGUAAAUGGACAGAGUGGGACUUCCUUCUCAGCUGGAUCCAACCUCACCCUGCUCUGCUCCGCUCAGUCCAGUCCUCCGGCUCAGCUCCAGUGGACCUUCGGCGGAAACCCGCUGAACACCACAGGAAGGAUGUUUGAGGUCUUUAAUUUUCAAGUCCAACAAAGUGGUUCUUAUUCCUGCGUGGCCUUUAACAACCAGACCAACAUGUACAGCAGCAUAACCAGAUACAUCACCAUCUCUAAGUCUGAACAACAAGGAGUGAAUUUGUUGCUCCUCUUUCUGCUUUUGCUGGCAAAGUUUUACAUUUGCAUCAAGAGAACUGACAGCGUUGUGCCAAUAUUUGCUGAUUGGAGUGGCGAGGUCAAACGAUAUCUCCUGAUUCGACUCGAUCAAAACCAGAGUGCGGGACAUUUAUCAAACAAGUUCUCAGAUGCAAAAGAAGUGAAGGGCAGAAUGAAGACACCACUACUUUUCCUCAUUCUGACUGCAAUAACAUUUGAAGGUCAUGUGCACGGCCAAAGGAUAUAUGCCUCUGAAAACCCCAUCGCAGUGGGCGGCCAUUUGACGAUUCACAGCGAUACUCCUGUUCCAAUUGGGGCCUGGCUAUUCAACGGGGAUGUCAUCAUGUACAUUUUCUCAGGAGAAAAUUACACUAGUUACGGUUGGACCGACCGGCUAAUAUAUGAUAAAACAACGUCGUCUCUGGAAAUUACCUCAACAAGGCUUCAAGACUCUGGGAUCUACAAAUUACAGCGAUUUAAUGGUUUGAAUGUUCAAUUGGAUCUGUCAGUUCAAGAACUCAUCUCGAAUGUGACUUUGUCAGCAAAAAGUACAAAUCUUGUGGAAUUCAAAGACUCAGCGGUGCUGACAUGCUCCAUUUCCGCUGGCACGUCUUUGACCUUUUGGUGGUUGGAGGGAAACUCUGCAAUCUCAGGUGGAGGAGGUGUACAGCUCAGCAAUGGAAACGCAACUCUCACCAUCAUGAAUGUGACGCGCCUUAAUCAAGGUCCUUUCAGAUGCAAUGUGUCCAACGGACUCGGGUUUGAAGUUAGCCCCUCCGUGCAACUCAACAUCAGUUAUGGUCCAGAUAACACCAAAAUAGCAGCCAUGUCCAUGAAGCACAUCUACAAAUCUGGGUCUGACAUCACACUGUCGUGCUCAGCUGAUUCCAGUCCCCCAGCAACGAUCCACUGGAUGGUUAAUAAUGUGUACCUGAACGAAUUUGGCCCUCAUCUUAAUCUGAGCAACAUUAAAGCAAACCAAUCAGGAAGUUACACAUGCGUAUUCGACAAUGCGGUCACAAUGAGGCAGAGCAAUGCAAGCAUGGUGAUUCAAAUUUUGGAUCCUAUAACAGCCGUUGUCAAACAAAUCGGAGUCCCGGCAAUACUCAACAAGUCAUUCACUUUGGACUGUGAAGUAGAUGGACCAGUUGACACCAUUCAGUGGUGGAAGGAUGGAGAUCUCAUGUCUGCUGGCAAUUCAACAGUAUUUGGCCCUGGCAACAAGACUCUCACUCUCAGCCUGGUUCAACACUCUGAUGGAGGAAAAUAUCAGUGCCAGGCUUCCAAUGCUGUGAGCAACACGACCAGCAGCUUCUACACAGUCGUGAUUAAUUUCGGACCCACUACUCCUGUCAUCCAUGGACCAUCUUAUGGUGAAACAGGAAGUUCUGUCUCUUUCAACUGUUCCGCCAUGUCCAUACCUCCCAGUUCUUACUGUUGGUUUUUCGACGGAUCCAUCGUGUCUAAUACAUCACAGCUAAUCAUCGGUCCUUUGUCUUUCAACAUGAGUGGGGAGUACACUUGUACGGCCUUCAAUAACGUGACCGGAGAGAACAGCACCAGCUCCACCAUGCUUACAGUCAUAGAGGCAAUAGAGUUGGUGAUGAUCAGCAGUAACUCAACUCCAAUAGACCAGCAAAACUUCACGCUCACAUGUCAGGUCCUCGGGCCUUAUGACACGAUCUACUGGCUGAAAAAUAACACCCUCCUCAGACAGGAUGCCUCCAACACCAGUUCACCGAUGUUUUACUUUGAAAAGAACAUGCUGCAUUUCACUCCUUUAUCAAUUCAGAGUCAAGGAUCAUAUCAGUGUGUUGCUACCAAUAAGGCCGCUCAUCAUUGGAGCCCCCAGUAUACGCUCCUCGUGAACUUCGGACCCACUACGCCUGUCAUCCAUGGACCGUCUUAUGGUGAAACAGGAAGUUCUGUCUCUUUCAACUGUUCCGCCAUGUCCAUACCUCCCAGUUCUUACUGUUGGUUUUUCGACGGAUCCAUCGUGUCUAAUACGUCAGAGCUAAUCAUCGGUCCUUUGUCUUUCAACAUGAGUGGGGAGUACACUUGUAUGGCCUUCAAUAACGUGACCGGAGAGAACAGCACCAGCUCCACCAUGCUUACUGUCAUAGAGGCAAAAGAGUUGGUGGUGAUGAUCAGCAGUAACUCAACUCCAAUAGACCAGCAAAACUUCACGCUCACAUGUCAGGUCCUCGAGCCUUAUGACACGAUCUACUGGCUGAAAAAUAACACCCUCCUCAGACAGGAUGCCUCCAACACCAGUUCACCAAUGUUUUACUUUGAAAAGAACAUGCUGCAUUUCACUCCUUUAUCAAUUCAGAGUCAAGGAUCGUAUCAGUGUGUUGCUACCAAUAAGGCCGCUCAUCAUUGGAGCCCCCAGUAUACGCUCCUCGUGAACUUCGGACCCACUACGCCUGUCAUCCAUGGACCAUCUUAUGGUGAAACAGGAAGUUCUGUCUCUUUCAACUGUUCCGCCAUGUCCAUACCUCCCAGUUCUUACUGUUGGUUUUUCGACGGAUCCAUCGUGUCUAAUACGUCAGAGCUAAUCAUCGGUCCUUUGUCUUUCAACAUGAGUGGGGAGUACACUUGUAUGGCCUUCAAUAACGUGACCGGAGAGAACAGCACCAGCUCCACCAUGCUUACAGUCAUAGAGGCAAAAGGGUUGGUGAUGAUCAGCAGUAACUCAACUCCAAUAGACCAGCAAAACUUCACGCUCACAUGUCAGGUCCUCGAGCCUUAUGACACGAUCUACUGGCUGAAAAAUAACACCCUCCUCACACAGGAUGCCUCCAACACCAGUUCACCAAUGUUUUACUUUGAAAAGAACAUGCUGCAUUUCACUCCUUUAUCAAUUCAGAGUCAAGGAUCGUAUCAGUGUGUUGCUACCAAUAAGGCCGCUCAUCAUUGGAGCCCCCAGUAUACGCUCCUCGUGAACUACGGCCCCCUGAAUGUAUCCAUAUCUGGUCCAAAUUCAGAGAAGGCUGGUGUUUCUGUGUCCCUGACAUGUUCUGCUGAUUCUCAGCCAGCGUGUCAUUUCUACUGGUUCUUCAAUAAUGAGUCAACGCCUCGGGGAAAUGGAUCCGUUUUCUAUUUCAUUGCAUCAAAAGAGAGCGAGGGGAGUUACACCUGUCAGGCAAAGAACGACGUGACUAAUAUCACUAUCAGCCAAAGUAAAACCUUUGCAGUUGCAGGUGCUUCUGCAGCCCAUUUAACCACCAAAGGAGGUCUGAUUUUCAUGGGUCUGUGUGCUCUCUCAGCUCAUUUCCUUCAGCCCUGAAUCCAUCCAUCCAUCCACCGACCCAUCCAAACACACACACACACACACACACACACACACACACACACACAUUUUCUAUACCUGUUUAAUUGCUGGGUUGCAGGAAGGAGGUGUCUAACUCCAGCAGUGAUGCUCCACAUCCUUCACUCUAAAAAAUGAUUCCAGUUCUGUUUUUGUUUUAAUUAUUGGCUGAUAAAAUAUAGUCAAAGUACUCAAUUACACAAUGAAAAAUGUGUUCAUAAUUAUUUAAUACAAUUUUCCAUUUUCACACCUGGGUGUCUUUUUCCUGGUCGAUAAGGAUAUUAUUAAAGUUACAUGCAAAUGCAUUUGUAACAUGUAUUUAUGGAAGAAAGAAACAAUGUUGAAUAUGUAGAGACUUUAUUUCAGAAGGUUAUUUUAAGUUUUUGUUUUGAUUCAGUCAUUUUCUUUCAGCAGAAAUGGUUUGUAAACAAUGUAUAAUGUACAAAGAUAAAGCUUGUAUACACAAUAUAAUAAAAUAUAUGUUGGUGAUCAUU